GGGAAAAGCGCCGAAGCGUAAACUUAUGUAAACAAUGGUUAACUACUGUGCUGUUAUUGGCUGUACGAACACUUGGGGGAGGGAUAAAGUAUCGUUUUAUCGUUUACCCGCCAUAAUUACAAACCAUGGUGAGAAAACACAGGAAAUGUCCGAGAGACGGAGGAGAUUAUGGCUUUCACGUAUUAGCAGGGCAGAUUUGACACCAUCGUCUUACCCCUAUGUACGAGUCUGUUCCGACCAUUUUGAAUCAGGAAAGCCAGCACCACUCUAUAGAGAGGCAGACCUUGACUGGGGGCCAUCUUUAAACCUUGGACACCAGAAAGUACUGGCCACGCCCACAUUAACAAGAGGAAAGAGACUAAAAGAGAGGAAAGGGCGCAUUAAGUGUGUGGAAGCUGCUAAGUCCUUGAUAUCUUUGUUCGACGCCCGGGAAUCUGAACUCUGUGAAGAGGCUUGUGUCGGUGUAGAUUCAACCAGUUCUACCAGUGCUUCUGAUUCAGAUGUGACAGAAUCCGAGACCGACAUCGGGAAAUGCACCCAAACAGACUUAACUAGUGAUGUUAUAGGUGCUAUGAACUCUGAACUUAACCGUUUGACAGUUGAAAAUAUCCAGCUGAGGGAGAAACUAGCCAGUGUUACCAUAUCAGAAGACACAUUUAAGGACGAUGAUGAGAAAGUUAAGCUAUUUACAGGACUUCCAGCAUUUUCCGUUUUGAUGAUUUUGUUUUCAUUUAUUGAGUCUGCAAUCCCCCAGGGAAAGCAGAGUUUUCUGUCAAAGUUCCAGAAACUAUUGAUGGUUUUAAUGCGUUUAAAACUCAAUUUGCCAGUGAGUUAUUUGGCUGAGAAGUUCCGGUUAUCAUCAGGAAGUAUAUCUAGGAUCUUUCUUUCUACAUUGCAUGUCUUACAUUGCAAACUUCAUCCCUUGAUUUACUGGCCAACCCAGGAUGAACGAAGAUUAACAAUGCCCAUGGGGUUCAGAAAGCAUUUUGGACUUAAAGUGGCCAUAAUUAUUGACUGCUUUGAACUUUUCAUUGAAAGGCCUUCCAAUUUAGAAGCCCGUGCACAAACCUGGUCAUCAUAUAAGCACCAUAAUACCGUCAAGUUUUUAAUUGGGAUAUCACCACAGGGAGUCAUAUCCUUCAUCAGUAAAGGGUACGGUGGCCGGUCAACUGACAAACAUAUUACUAGAGACUGUGAAUUGCUAGACAAACUUGAGUAUGGGGACAUUGUUUUAGCAGACAGGGGUUUUGACUUAGCAGAAACUCUUGCACAAGUAAGCUGCGAGUUAAAAAUUCGUGCAUUUACAAAAGGGAGAACCCAAUUAUCAGCCUUAGAUGUGGAGCGCACGCGAAAGUUAGCCAAUGUGAGGAUUCAUGUGGAACGUGUAAUUGGACUUGUUCGAAACAAGUAUAAAAUAUUACAGGAUACCGUGCCUUUGGACUAUUUGAUUUCUGUAAAUGGUUCUACACCAACAAUAGACAAAAUUGUAAAUGUUUGUUGUGCUUUGACGAAUAUAUGCAAGUCAGUUGUACCAUUUGAUUGA